AUGAAUUCACCGCGGGGCCAGGAGGAACAGGAUGUGCUCACACGCACCAGCACACCUGCCACAAACUCCAAUUUGAUCGCCGAAGACCUGCGGCAGUUCACUCGUUCUCCGCAUCCCUACCACCACAGCCGACGCCUCGGAUCCUGCACUCCCUCGGAACAAGGCGACCGCCUUCAGCCGCUCACUUAUUCCAAGUUCUCGCGCACACCUAGCGACAGUGGCACCGAGGCAGACGAUGAGAGCACAGGAAUAUUGAGAGGCCUUCCUGCGCCGCCGCUCCGACCGCGAAAGGGUCUGCGCUCCGGUGGAAAUGGCUUUGUGGACUCCGAUGCUUGGUUACCUUCCUUACAUCCGUGGCCAUCACUUGCACGGCAGUCUACCCGUGCUUCCCGGAGGAGUUUGGACGAGAAACAGGCAGACGGAGAGGCAGAGAAGACUCGGCAGCUUAAAGCGAAGAGGCGGGUUGAGAUCUUGCGCCGGUUGCUAGAGACCGCGCUUCUCCUGUCGGUGGGGGCGGUAGUUCUAUUACGGAGAGAAGCGCGCUCACUUGCGUGGGAAUGGAAGAAAGAGCUCAUUACCCACGGUUUAUUACUGAUCGGGCUGUAUGCUUCAUAUCCUGUCAUCUUCCGUGUUGCAAGGAGACGGGGACGGUCAAAUGGAUCCCAACGCCCAUUCUUUCAUAUUCCCGCGAGCUUCGAUCCUGCUCCGCUCCUAUACCCGAUCUUCAUUCCGAUCUAUGUUUCGAUAUCGCUGGCGAGCCACCGCCCCGCCUUGAUCAUGCCAAACAUCAUCCUCAGUCUCUCCUCUCUCCCCGCACCGGUCAUACCAUUACAGCAUUGGUCCAAUGGCUCGAGUCUUCUACAUUGGAUGCUUACAAUAGUGCCGAUCCUCGUUUCGGAACACUUCUCUCUUGACUCUACCAUUCCCAAACCGCUGACGCUCCGCGGGCACGAUGCGGAAUCAUUGAUUCUUCUUUUUCCUUUGCAUCAAGCGUUGAUACCCACUUUAGACUUUUUGUUGACAACCAGCGUCCUUCCCGCCGAGCUUCAGCUGUUAGCCACUGCGUUGUUGAAUUUGUACUUGUUUGCGACCUCGCCACAGGCGGAGAUCUUGAAAGCGUUGUUAUGGCUAGGCGGGAUGUGUCUAUUUGCUUUAGGGCGGGAUGUCUUGCGUUGGGAGGUUAUCCUGGCCCGGAUACCUAGCUGGAAGUUCCGCCGCUCAUUACGCGGUUCGCAAUCGCCAAGGCGAUUCAUAAACAUGAUGGACCAUCGUCUAUGUCAGAGGCUGAGUGGGACGGGCGCUUCCGAUGAGCCUACAUCGGACAGUGAUGGUCCCGGUACGGUUCCGAUGCCGCGCAAGGCGAAAAGCAUGCGUGAGAAAGCCCCCUCCGCCGAGCCCGUGCCUACCGCUGGCAAUACUACAGCGGAGGAAGGCUUUGAAAAGCACCAUCGCACUGCACAGCGACAGCGCCGCCGGCAUACCAUCUCCGUUCUCGACGAGGCUGUGCAAGAAGAAGAACGAGUCCGGACCACGCCCGGUGGCCGGCGCAAGAAAUUAAUGGGCCCUGGGCUCGCCUCAUUUCUAUCGCUGACUGCAGCGCAGGCGCAAGUCCGAAAAUGGUUAUAUGCACUGUACAUCUACACUGCGUCACUAUUCAUAAUUUUGGGACCCAUUCGAAAAUACGUGGCCGACCGGGCCCUGCAAGGCCAAGAUCCAUUUGGAUGGGCCAUUGGAUACAUGUUUGGCAACAUAUCUGCGGUUCGCUUCUGGGUGCUAAUGCUGAAUUUGGAGUACUGGAUCCAACUACCGCCGCGCCCAGACGCGGCACUGGAAGAUCCAUCUUGCUGGUUUGGGCGGAUAGAACAUAUCCGUCAAACUAGUUUCGGGCCUGCCAACACUCGCCUUUUGUUGAGUGCAUACUGCAUCCUGGUACUAGUGAUGGGAUUGGCUGUGGUAUUCCAGCUAAGCUCGGUCGCUGAGGUGGACACACGACGCAAAGUAUUCCAUGGAAUGAUGGUGUUGAUGUUUUUGCCUACGGUGUUUGUGGAUCCGACCUUUUGUGCCCUGGCACUAGCAGUGGCACUUUCGAUCUUUUUGUUACUGGACCUCUUCCGGGCAUCCCAGUUACCUCCCAUCUCUCGGCCAUUGACCUACUUCUUGGCACCAUACGUAGACGGGCGCGACCAUCGUGGGCCUGUCAUUAUUUCGCACAUAUUUCUGCUAAUCGGAUGUUCUAUCCCCCUUUGGCUAUCGCUUUCCGAUCUCGAUCGCAAUGAUCAGGGCCCAUGGGCUGGCUGGGACGUGCCUGCGCGAGACGCCAGCAUGGUCAGUGGAGUCAUCUGUGUUGGGAUGGGUGAUGCAGCGGCAUCGCUUAUUGGGCGUCGCUACGGAAAAUUGAAGUGGUUUUGGGGCGGGGGCAAGUCGCUGGAAGGCAGUGUGGCUUUUGUGGUAGCGGUCAGUGUUGGAUUGUUGGCUGUUCGUGCCUGGCUGAUGGUGGGAGGAUGGCCAGUGGCUGGCAGCGAAUGGAUCGAGGCACCGACCUCGACUGUUCGGUUUUGGCUCUGGACUGCCUGCAAGGCCGGGUUAGCGGCAGGUGGAACGAGCGCCACCGAGGCGAUCCUAACUGGCUGCAAUGAUAACGUCGUGGUGCCCGUAGUGCUGUGGCUGUUGGUGCGGGGCUUAGGUGUUUGA